GACUCGCUCCGUGGCGGAUUGGACGAGUGUAUAAAACAAAACUAAAAGGCAGCGCUGACCGCGAAGCAGUUCAGCUCAGACCUCUCCCAACUUCACUCCAAGUGAAUCUCGCACGCGUGUUAUGGAGCGCACUUUCCGGGAGCGGCUCUUCUUCCUGCUGCUGUGUCUGUCCGUCCUGAAGGGAGACUGCAGGUCCAUCGAGAACAACGACAUCUCCAAAGAUGAACUCUUCUCGCUGUUAAGCUCGGAUCUGAGGAGGGAAAUACCCGAGCUGUUGAUAUAUCGCAGACCUUUGCGUUGCCUGGACAUGGUGGCCGUGGAGGGUCAGUUCACCUUCACGGCUGAGACCCCCCAGCUCAGCUGCGCGACUUUCUUCCUGGCGGAGCCCGACGAGCUGAUCAGUGUGGAGUUUGACAGCGUGGACAUCGACUGCAGCGCAGGAGACUUCAUCACAAUAUUUGACGGCUGGGUGAUGAAGGGCGAGAAGUUCCCCAGCUCCCAGGAUCACCCGCUGCCUUUGCACGAGCGCUACGUGAACUACUGCGACUCGGGCGCCGCGGGGAAAAGCGUGCGUUCCUCCCAGAACGUGGCCAUGGUCUUCUUCCGCGUUCACGGCGCCGGCAGCAGCUUCGCAGUGACGGUCAGGAAGCACGUCAACCCCUUUCCCUGCAAUGUCAUCUCACAGUCACCAGAGGGCAGUUACACAAUGGUGACGCCACAGCGGCACAGAAACUGCAGCUUCUCCAUCAUUUAUCCAGUGGCAAUCGACAUCUCAGAGUUCAGCCUGGGACACCACAGCAACUUCCCCAAGAGAUCCUUACCUGGUUGUGCAGAAUCCGGGGAUUACGUGCAGCUGCUGGGAGGAAGUGGCAUCGACACGUCUAAACUGCUUCCCAUCACAGACCUCUGCAUCUCCUUCACUGGACCCACCCGCAUGAAGAUUGGCUGCGACAACACGGUGGUGAGGAUGGUGUCCAGCGGGCGCUUCGUCAGCCGUGUGUCUUUCAGCUACAGGCUGCUGGACGGCCAGGAGCUGCAGACGAUCAAACUCAACAACGUGGAAGAUUUCUGUUUCAGCAACUGAUCCCGGCAGGGGGUUCACGGCGUCACACGCAUCGCUUGACUGCCAAACAUUUCUAAAGUCACUUUUUUUUUCCUUUUCUUUGUUUGUUUUUUUUUUGUUUCCCCUCACCCAGACUAAAAUCCGAGGAGAUUGAAGUAAAAAUGAAAACUAAUAAAUAUCAUAAGGUUGUGACAUUCACUGGCAUUUUGAAUUCAUUCCCCCUAUUCUCUCAUUUUAAUACUUUUUUAAAAAAAUCUUUUUUUUUAUGGCUCACUGUUGUAGCAUCUCAGCUGUCCCUUUGGUUUAACGCCUUGUUUGUAACGUGUAUUUAUUAUCGACGUGGGAUCAUUGUGAUCCUUUAAGAUGAAUGGUGCUAAACGGAGCGCUGCGUCUGUCCGGUUUGUGCGAGUCCGUUCAUGUGGCGCAGAAAGCGAAAUAAAAGAAAUGUGAGUAUCUGGCGCCAUUAUGCAGUUAAAUUUGGUUUAAAAAAAAAACACACACACUUUUGUAAUAAAUUUAUACUGCAUGGCAAAGCA